AGGGUGGGUGGGCGCGGAGGCAGGAGUCCUCUGCAAGGGAGAGAUAAGUCUCCCUUCCUGGGCUGCAUGCGGAGUAGAGAACGUCAUCCCAUCUGGACUCGAUCCAGGCACCCAAAGAGCCCUGUGGAUUUAAGAACUGGUUUUACGAAGGUUGGGCCGGAGUUAAUUCCCUUCCCCAUCUUCCAGGGCCCGGUUGCUGGGGCCCAGGGGAGGUGCGUGGUCUGCCCUUAUGAUCCCCCUCCACUCCUUUCUUGCUAGAGCAGGCUGGGUGUCAGGCAGGCCCCGGCCAAACCAGACGAAUUCCAGCCCAGGGCUGACUCCGCCCUGGAGAAGACCCAUUUCCGGCCCUGGCUUCAUUGGCAGGCCACUGAAGCUGCUUUUCCUUUGUAACUUUUUUUAAGGAACUGGUUUUAUUACAAGACAGCGAGAGGGAACACAAGCAGGGGAGUGGGAGAGGGAGAAGCAGGUUUCCCGCUGAGCAGGGAGCCCGACGUGGGGCUCGAGCCCCAGACCCUGGGAUCAUGACCUGAGCCGAAGGCAGACGUCUAACGACUGAGCCACCCGGGCGCCCCCAACUUCUCUUUUUUUAUACAAAUGAUCUGACAAUGCUUUCCUGGUCUGCUGAUUCCACACCUGCCUGCGACAUCUGACUUCUGAGUUCUCAAACUGUGAUGAUUCAGCCAGACAUCCUCCUUUGUCAUGAAGGGAGGAGAGACAAACCUCAGGAAAGAUCCACAGGGUCCCCCUCCAGGACAACCCUAGCUUCCUGGAGGUCGCCAACCAUGCCCUGGUAAUCUAUGCAUCACCAGCGCUGAGAGCAGUGCUUGGCCCAGAACUGCCCUCUGAGUGUUUGUUGAAUAAGUAAUUGAAUGACAAACUGAUUCGGACAAGAGGACCGGCAACAUCUAUCCUAUGACCCUUCAUGUUAGAGCACGUGCAGAGGAAGAAAACCCAGCCCUAGGGGGCUGCUGGUGGAUCCCCCUGGGAAGGGUCCCCCGUGCCCCACUUCCUCCAGUGCCCACCUGGUAGAAGUGGAGGUUCUCUGGCUCCAGGAAAGCCCCUCUUUCCUGGCCUGUUCCUAAUUCACGAUUCAUGGGUUAGUCAUUAGGCACAGUUCCUGACUGCCAGGUCAACGCUAGGCCCUGGGACACCCGGUGACAAGGCGAUGUGGGGGGUCCUCGGGAAGCUCAUCGUCUUCUCGGAAAUGCAGACUGAACUAAAACAGAGAUUUUAGGUUCUCGUGGCUAGAACAGACAGUAGGAGAGAGUAGGGUGGGGCCUGGCUGGGGUGAGACAGGCCAGGUGCCAGGGCCCUGCUGAGGCAGGCCUACAUGCCUGAGGCAGAAGGGAAGCCUGUUGAAAGAGUUUGAGUCAGGAAGGACAUGGCCUGAUUUGCCUUUGCGGGAAGUUGGAGCUGAGGCCUGGGUGGUUGUUCUCAGCGGGGGCCCACCUUUCCUUGGGAAGAUAUUGGUGGACAUCAACAUAGCUUAAGCCUGUCUCCAGAUGGACUACUUCAGCAAAGGGUGUUUUGAGGGCAGAUGGCCUCUUGGCAGGGGUCUUCAGCAACAGAGGGGCAGGACCUGACUCAGGAGCUCAGAGGCGCCCUCUGGCUUCUAUUAGGGUUGCAAACCUGGGAGCUGUGCAAGAGGUCAACUGCUGGGGAUGAUGGGGCUGAACCGGGUGGGGGCCAAGGUGGUGGUGGGAAAUUACCAGAGAUGCAUUUCAAAAAGAGAGCUGCCCAUUGGCCCUCCAGAAAACAGCAGUGCUUCCAGGUUUUAUCAUGACUUUCUGAAAUCUAGCAGCAAAAGGCAGGUGCCUGCACUGGGUCUGAGGGACCUGGGGCCAUAAGACCCAGCCCGGUAAAGGCCACAUCCUUUGCUUCCCCUCCAGGUCCAUCCCACUGAGAACCACUCCUGCCAGGCCGACAGGGGGAGUCCAACCACAAGCCACAAAGAGCCAGGCAAUUAAACUCCGAGAUCACUCUGCCAGGGUAUUGUCCCUCAGCACUGUCCCUCCUUGGUCCUCCCUGUACCCCCCAUGUCUCAUUGUCAGGCCCCACACUGAGGCAAGUACGACCCACCCACCCAGAGGGAUGUCACGUGUCUUGGGGUUGAAGCUAAAGCAUCAUACCCAUGAGUCACUCUUCAACUUUGAGUCAGUGGCUCCCCCCUCUCUGAGCCUCAGUCUCCCCCUCUAUAGAAUGGGGGUGAUAUCCAGUGUGAUUAUUCACGAAAAGCAGGCAGCACAGGUCCCGGCACAUAGUAAGAGCUUAAUAAAAGUGUCAGUUUCUAUCCACUUCUAUUAUGACAUACUGUGUGCAUUCCUCUCUCUGACCUCGACACUGUUCAAUAACACCAGCUGGUAUUCACUGAGCAUUUACAAUCUACCCAGUACCACUGUAGGCAUCUGAUACAGAAUAGCUCAUUUCAUUCUAGCAUAAUCAUAACAACUUUAGGAGGUGUGUGCUAUUAUUAUCCCCAUUUCACAGAGGAAGAGACUGAGGCACACAGGGUGAAGCCCAGGGUCACACAGCUGGUGAGCAGCACAGGUGAUAGAGAAAAAGAAGACUGUAUCCUACCCCACAACGUGAGGUGGACUAGAGAUGGAAUAAAAGACACAGGGAAACUAAAACUGUAGAAUGAAUAGAAGAAAAUAUGGAAGAAUAACUUUGUGAUUUAAGAGAAGAGCCUCCUUAAUGAAAUUUCAUGGGUGCAAACCACAAGCAGAUAAGUCCUGUUAUAUUUCAGUUAGGAAUUUUCUCCCAAUGAAGGAUAUAAUGGGUGAAGCUAAUCAUCACAUGGCGGAAUUGGAGAAUAUGUUUGUGACACCUAAUACUGUAUCUACCUCACAGGGUCAUUAGGAGAGUUAAACAGUUUAAUAAGUGUAAAGUUCUUAGAACAGUGUCUGGUACGUGGUAAGCUCUGUCUAAACAUUAUUUAUCAUUCCUGAAGCUGUCAAGUGCUCAAUAUCCCAGCGCUACCCAGUAGAACUAUGCAAGCACGCGUGUAAUUUUAAAUCGUCUAGCAGCCACAUUAAAAUAAUAAAAGAAACAGAGGACCUGCCGGGGCUGGGAUGCACAACAGCUCACCCUGGGCACUGCAGAGACCCAGUCAUUCAAUGAAGCUUGAGCGGAGUCGCAGCCAUUAGAGAACUACAAUUCCCAGAAGACACAGCAAGCUCCUGGUCCAACCCCAACUGCCCCAGCGGCCGGCUUUGAGGCCGAACAAGGAAAUCUCACCUGUCUGGGAACUGAGAGUCCUGGUCUGCACGAGGAUCAUUCUGGCUGCUGUGUUGACACAGGCCGUGGAGGGCGAGGGCAGAAGCCUGCAGACUUGGAGGAGGCAACUGCACUAGUGGAGAUCUCCUGAGCGUGCCCGCGCGUCUCCCUGCUCAUGCCGCUGGGACUGGGGCGGCGGAAAAAGGCGCCGCCUCUGGUGGAAAAUGAGGAGGCGGAGCCAGGCCGUGGGGGGCUGGGCGUGGGGGAGCCGGGGCCCCUGGGUGGGGGUGGGGCAGGGGGGCCCCAGAUGGGCCUGCCUCCCCCUCCCCCGGCCCUGCGGCCCCGCCUCGUGUUCCACACCCAGCUGGCCCACGGCAGUCCCACGGGCCGCAUCGAGGGCUUCACCAACGUCAAGGAGCUGUACGGCAAGAUCGCCGAGGCCUUCCGGCUGCCAGCUGCCGAGGUGAUGUUCUGUACCCUCAACACCCACAAAGUGGACAUGGACAAGCUCUUGGGAGGCCAGAUCGGGCUGGAGGACUUCAUCUUUGCCCACGUCAAGGGGCAGCGCAAGGAGGUGGAGGUGUUCAAGUCAGAGGAGGCGCUGGGGCUCACCAUCACUGACAACGGGGCCGGCUAUGCCUUCAUCAAGCGCAUUAAGGAGGGAAGCGUGAUUGACCACAUCCAGCUCAUCAGCGUGGGUGACAUGAUUGAGGCCAUCAACGGGCAGAGUCUGCUGGGCUGCCGGCACUACGAGGUGGCCCGGCUGCUCAAGGAGCUGCCCCGAGGCCGCACCUUCACGCUCAAGCUCACAGAGCCCCGCAAGGCCUUUGACAUGAUCGGUGUACGCUCAGGGGGUGGCCGCCCUGGCUCUGGCCCCCAGCUGGGCACUGGCCGAGGGACCCUCCGGCUCAGAUCCCGCGGCCCCGCCACAGUAGAGGAUGUGCCCUCAGCCUUUGAGGAGAAGGCGAUUGAGAAGGUAGAUGACCUGCUGGAGAGUUACAUGGGCAUCAGGGACACGGAGUUGGCGGCCACCAUGGUGGAGCUUGGAAAGGACAAAAGGAACCCGGAUGAGCUAGCCGAGGCCCUGGAUGAACGGCUUGGUGACUUUGCCUUCCCUGAUGAGUUCGUCUUUGACGUCUGGGGUGCCAUUGGGGAUGCCAAGGUCGGCCGCUUCUAGGCCCCCUUCCAGACCUCUCAGUGACCUGGCUCCGCUUGGUGGGAGCCCCCAGUGGGAGGGCCACCAUGGCCUGGACCGCAGCAUCCGGCUUGGACCUUGCUCAGCAGCCCAAGGACGAUGCAGAGUGGAGGUGGGGCCGGGCCUCCGCCCCACUCCAAUCGGUACCACCCCUCCCCAGCUCCCACCCUGGCUGGGGUCCCCGGUCCCCCCUUGCCCUGUUCCCCACCUACCUCAGCCGGGUCAGGCGCAGGGGGUGGGGGGGGAGGGACCAGCCAGAUUGUGCGGCCACCCCCACCCCCAACACUUUCUGCAUCAGCUGCCAAACUGGUCUCUCAUCUCCCUGGGGCCUGUUUGGGGGUCCUGACCUCCCUAGUUUCCUGCUGCAGGGAAUGCAGAAGGGGGGCAUACCCCCCCUCAGCAAAUGCAAUAAUGCCCUCCCCCCCCAUGCCCCACCCAGAGAGGAGCCCCGUCACUUCGGAGUCUGUUACCUCCACGUUUGAAACACUAGUCUGCUGUGAACCCCCAACCUCCCUCCCUCCCCUGCUCUCUGUGUCGCCCUCAGCCCAGCCCCAGACAGAAGGGGCAAGAGGGACGAUGGCGGUGGGCUUUUGUAUCUGAAUUGCUGUCUUGAACAUAAAGAAUCUAUCUGCUGUU